AUGACGGCCGCCAACCAAGCUUCCACCUCGGCCGCCUCCGACCUCCCGCAAUGGGGCAGAGUCCUCAUAGCCGGCGGCACCGACUGGCCCAACCUCGGACGCAAGGCGAGCAAGUCUGGCCCCCCACAGACCGUCAACCCGGAACAGCCCGACCUGCAGGGCCCCCACAUCCUCCGCUCCGUCAGCAACGUGCGCAUGUCGCGCGUUCACACCUCGCACUCGUCCUGCCACGCCGUCCUCGUCUCGGUCGACGGCGACGCCUACAUCAUCGGCAGAAACGAGCAGGGCCAGUGCGGCCUCUCGACCAAGAACCUGCCCAACCAGCCCAGCGGCCCCGCCAUCUGGGACACUGUCAAGCUCGGACGCGCCACCCACUUUGCACCGCCCCUCCCCGCCGACCAAAAGGGGGACAUCGUCUACGCCGCCACGGGACGCAGCCACACGAUCCUCGUCACCGCAGCCGGUAGCGUCUACGCCACCGGCCUCAACUCGAGCGGACAGUGCGGCCUGCCCCUCCAGAACAUCGUCGAGGGCUUCCAGAAGAUCGAGACCGCCCCCUUUAUCCGCGAAAAGGACCCCGUCGUCGCCGCCUCGUGCGGCGUCACCUUUAGCAUGCUCCUCACCGCCUCGGGCAAGGUCUACGCCAUGGGCUCGUCGGAAAAGGGCCAGCUCGGCAACGGCCGCACCGGCGAGCACUUCAUCAGCGGCACCAAGCUCGCCUUUGACACGUUCGACGAGCCCUUCCUUGUCAAGGCGCUCGCCGACAAAAAGAUCCUCGAGCUCCACUGCGGCCAGCAGCACACCAUCGCAAGGGACGACAACGGCUACGUCUAUACGUGGGGCUUUGGCGGCUACGGCCGCCUCGGCCUCGGCACCCAGCAGGACCAGCUGGCACCCACCCUGGUGCCCCAGUUUGCGCGCGAAAACACCCUCACCCGCGCCACGCACAUCUACGCCGGGCCCACCAACAGCGCCGUCAUCGAUGGCCAGCGGAUGUUUUGGCUCGCGGGCAAGUGGAAAAACUCGGGCGAGGGCUCGGCGGGCCAGGGCUUUAUGACGUUCAAGUACCUGCCGGACCUCAUGGGCUGCAAGAUCCGCAACGCCGGCCUCGGCGGCGUCACCCUCUUUUGCACCGCCGACGAGGACCCGAGCGUGCGCGGCGACCACGACGCCACCAUGAACGUCUGCUGGGGCCAGAAUGCCCACCACGGCGAGCUCGGCCUGGGCGAGGGCAAGCCAAGGAGCGCCGUCAAGCCCAUGCGCUGCGAGACGCUCGACGGCCUCUCGAUCCUCGACAUUGGCGCCGGCCAGAGCACGACCUAUUACAUUGCACGCAACCUGGGGCCGACGUACGCCGAGCUGGCGCGCUUCCCCGAGGUGGUGCCGUCGUCGGACGCCUGCGUCGUGUGCAACAGCGACGCCAGCAGCGACGAAAACGCGCUCCUCGAGUGCGAAAAGUGCGAGAACCCGUGGCACCUCCAGUGCCUCGACCCGCGCCUCUCCGAGGUGCCCGAGGGCGAGUGGCACUGUCCGCGCUGCGUCGUCGAGGGCCUCGGACGCGCCGCCACCGCCAAGGCAUCGACCACGGCGACAUCGGCACCACCAAAGAACGGAACAAAGCGGUCGGCCCCAGCGGCCGACGAGCCGGCAGCAGCCACCGGCGACGGACAGCAGGAGGGCGACGACGAGACGGCGGCGGCAACGGCUGGAAUGACGAGGAAGGGCAGCAGGAGUGCGCCCAAGCGGAGACGGGCGUGA